AUGAACGACACAGACAUCUUGCCAAUAAACAAAGCGACAGCCUACGCGGGUGGAGAGCUGACAUGCGCAUUCGGAUGCGCUGGGAGCAUCUAUAUAGGGGCCACGGACGGAUAUCUAUCUAGAAUUGUUGAUAAAGUGGAUACUAUCAGACGUGUGCGCGCAAAUACCACAAACGCGAUGUAUGAAUCAGAUGACAGUAACAAUUAUGAGCUAUCAUUGACACGCACGCUUUGGAGUGUCCGCGUCUGUAUGCAUGCAAUAACGAGUGUGUGCAGCAUUGAAGAGCUAAACAAAGGCACGCUAAUAAUUGUUGGAAGUGCUGGUGGCGAGCUAGUAAUUUUACGUGAGGAUCUGGAGCUGCGGCGAUUUAAUUUAGAUAGUGCCGUGCAACAUAUUUGCGUUGAUCAGGACGGUGAGUUGAUUGCUGGAGACCUUCUUGGCAAUCUAUACGGCAUUACUCAGCACGAAAUCAUCUGGAAGAGACGACUACCGUCGAUGUCCACUAGAAAUGAAGUUGGACUUGAUUACUUUUACCCACCACUUUCGCAGCCAACAAUCAAAGCGAUCUCGCACGUCAAAUUGCUGGACGUCGAAAAGACACUUUCAAAGUACCUCCUUGUGGCUACUGGACAGAAACAGUUGCUGAUGACUUAUCGCGGCAAAACCUUUGGCAUCAUUCCUACUUGCACGCCAAUUGCAACGUUGACGAGCAUCCCAUUUGAUGAUGAAGACAUUGUUUUGGCGGCUGGGGAGGAAGGAGUGAUCUAUCGUGUUAUGAGCUCUCAAGACAUUGAUUCAAAGGUGAUGCCGAACUUCUGCUUCGUUGUCAAAAAGUGGACUCAAGUGUCCUUUCCUGUGGCGAAAUUGUUACCUCUCAAGAUGAAAGUGUCUGGUACGAAUGCGAAGCAUUCAGACUAUGCAUACAUCUGCCUUGGCGUGGAUGGCGAAGUAGCGCUUUUUCGUGGACAAGAGCUUGUAAAAGAAUGGAGUCUUGCAUCAUUCAGCAAAACAUGCAAUGUGGAAGCGGAUUUCCCAGUCGAUAUGACUCUGCUGCACGAUGGCGAUACCAAUAUUGGGCAACAAGUUGGAAUUAUUGUAUAUCCUAAGAGAAUACACGCUUUCCCAAUCGGGCUCGCGAGUCAACAAUAG